AGAGUCGUCCCUGCCCUCCGUCUCUACAUAGUGCUGCCUGUGUGUGCGCUGCCUGCGCUCUCUCGGUCACGCGCACACACACACAGAGGCGCAGACAAGCAUACACACACACACACACACACAGAACGAGGGAGGGUGAGAGAGAGAGAGAGAGAGAGAGAGAGAGAGACAGAUCGCAGCAGAGAUGCAGCAGGAGGUUUUUCGAGGUUUGGGGGUGGGGUCAUGGUGUCCAGAAUGGACGGCUGGCACCCCCUCCAUGCCAGCGUUGUGCCCUUGGAAUUAAAUGAACAGCACCUGGCUCGCCCUGCUUCGAUCUAUGAGAAGACUCAAUUUUAUAUCCAUCUAAGAAUCAUCGCUGUGUACAGCAUCCAUAUCCAAGGAUUGAGCUUUUCUCCAACUGACUCUCCUCCUUUCCUGAAUGCCUGCCAAUCUUCCAUUCUAGUGGUGGACACGGUUCUAACUUUUACCUCGCUCUGUUCAGUACUUCUGAACUUGCUGAACUGCAUUUACGCAUCUUGCUUCCUUAACGGUCUGUUUCAAGUGAGUGGUGAAAAAAAGUGUUAUAAAGGACUAAAGGAAAGGACUCAAAUGAAACACAGAAAUAAACAGAUAAGAGGAGACAGGAUGGGAGAAGGGACAGAUGAAGUGGAUGGUACCAAAACAACAAGGAUAUCUCUUAGUUUUCCAAUCAGCGCUGGACUGCCUAGUUUCUCUGCACAAAAGCACUGUCCAAUAAUUCAUCCCCCUUCCUCUUCUAUAGCGUUUGACAGAGAUGCUUCAAAUAGCACUGCAUGGAAGGAGGAAACUCUCAGAGAGAAACCAUUGUCCAAAGGAUCAAAAUCAGACUACCUAUCCUGCUCUUCCUCCUCCACUCUCCCCAUUGAUUUGACUGCACCUGUCAGUAAGAACUGCAAAUCCACUAUGUCUUUUUCUGUGGCUGGUAGUGGCCCCCACUUUCCAACAUCUGCACUGCACACAUCUGCUAAAAUGGACUACUCAAGAGAGACAUCUGGAGCUAAUCUGCCUAAUGACUACCCAGAACACUCAACAACAGAGACUGCACAUAUCUUGUUCAACCUGAGUGCAAGAGCCUACCAAGGUCAGGUGACAAAGGACCUGGAAAGUGCAAAAGGCAAAAAACGUAAAGGAAACAGCCUACAUGUUGAACUGAGCCUCCCUCUUCCCAGUAUAAACCCACCAUCAUCUUCAUCAAGCCCUCCUCCUCUUUCACCCCCUUCUGUCUCUCCCUUGACCCUCCCUCCUCCAUCCUUCCAUGACUCCUAUCAAGCAGUGCCAAAACCGGAGCUGCUGUGUGGGGUAUGCCACCGUCUGUUCAGCACCGCCUCGUCCCUCACUGUGCACAUGCGUCUUCAUCGGGGUGGACGACUUCUCAGCUGCCGCCAUUGUGGCAAAGCCUUUAUCCAUAAUAAAAGACUGCAAUCCCAUGAGGCCACCUGUCGGCAAGCACUGCCAGCUUUCUCCAUCCAGCCCAAACAGGAACCUUUGGAGGAGGGGAAUGUGGAGAAAACAAACGAGGCAACAGAACCAGAACAGUUUGGACAAGAAACAGGACCUGGACGACCCAUAAAGAAAGGACGAGGCCUCCAAGGACAUCAUGCCAGGGCAAUCUCUCACAGUGAUGCCCUCAGGGAUGAGGAUCACUUUGUGAAGAUUGUUGAUGGACAUAUCAUUUACUUCUGCUCAGUGUGUGAACGCUCCUACAUGACUCUGUCAAGUCUCAAGCGCCACUCUAAUGUGCACUCAUGGCGUAGGAAGUACCCAUGCCACUAUUGUGACAAGGUUUUUGCUCUGGCAGAGUACCGCACCAAACAUGAAGUGUGGCACACUGGUGAAAGGCGAUACCAGUGCAUAUUUUGCUGGGAGGCCUUUCCUACCUAUUACAACCUCAAGACACACCAGAAGGCAUUCCAUGGCAUUAGUCCUGGCCUUAUUUCAAGUGAGAAGACAGCCAAUGGAGGCUAUAAGCAGAAGGUUAAUGCACUUAAACUCUACCGCCUACUACCCAUGCGCUCUCAAAAACGGCCCUAUAAGACGUACAACCAGGCUUUAGCUGAAGGACUGCUCAAAUCGGACCCAUCAGCUGCCUUGCCUUUGCCUCUAGGCUGCAGCCUCCCUCCAAGUCUGGGCCCCAGUAAACUAGACUCCUUCCUUAAGGAUAUUCAUCCUCAAGACAUUAAGCCAGAUCCUGAGAGUUUCCUGAUCAAGAUGGACACAGAGAAGUGCAGGAAGCUGGCAACAGCCCAAGCAGAGGUACCAGCAGAGGUCAAUGACAAGGAAAGGUCAGAGUCACAUCUCUCUGGCAACAGUAGUGUCAAAGGCAAAAAUGUCAAAAGCCCAGAGACAGCAGUUUCUUCUGUCAUUACAUUUGGACAUAGCAAACCCUCAGUCAUUAUGCAUAGCACAGCACUCCCAUCGUCUGUCAUUGUUCAAAGAGAUAAGACACCCUCUGGGGAUGGAAAAUGUCCUUCUGAGAGCAGUCAUACAAUGGAUAAGACUUUGCAAAAAACACUUAAAAAGCAUGCACAAAAAGAUCAUUCACAUGCUCAUAGUAAGUGGGACACAAUCAGCACACGUACAGAAGUCUCAAAAAUCCAACAGCCAACAGAAAAGAUUCACAAGGGACGAAAAUCUCAUACCAAGAAUGAAUCAAGCAAAGUGGUUCCCAUAUCUGUGGGUUCAGAGGUCAAAGGGAGUGGGCCUCUUUGUCAGAUCACUGUACGUAUAGGGGAAGAGGCAAUUGUCAAAAGAAGUAUAUCUGAGACAGACCUCAUGAGAGACAAAAGUCCACCAAGUAAAGACAAAAAGGGCAACUUCCUGCAUGGAGACCAGAGAGAACCACGGCAUACCCACCACCACCACCACCGCAAACACCAUGGUCAUCGUAGUUCCAGCCAGGAAGAAAGAGAUUCUAAACUUCCAGGAAAGGUGAGGAAGUAUUUCUUCCGGCAAGAAGUCAGGGAGGACAGGAAUGAUCAUGAUGGAGAAGACAACCUGUGGAGACCCUAUUAUUCUUAUAAGCCCAAGAGAAAGACUUUGCAUAUGCAGAAGAUCAAGAGCUGGCAGCGCAAAAUGCACUACAAACGAUCACUGCGGCUGAUGAAGAGAGCAGAAAGACUAAUGAAUGAUGUAAACAAAGAGGGGGAUGGUGUACAGGAAGAAGAAAAAGAUGAAGUCAAAGAGGAGGGAAAAGAAGUUUUACAUCAGCAGGAGAUCAAAGACAACACUCAAGCUCCUUGUAUUCCCACAAUAACAGAAGAGAAUGAGGAAGGAAAGGGGGGUCCUGGAAAGCAUGACCUUUCUUUCUCCACAGCUGUAUCCCAAUCAGCUCUGAAUUCUCAAUACACAGUUUCCCCUACCAUCAAACAACGUUGGUCUGGGGAUCAGGCCUCUGAAUGUGGAUCUUGUGGCCGCUGGUUCUCCAGCUCAAGGAAGCGAGACAAACAUGAGCUAACACAUCUAUUUGAGUUUGUGUGUCUAUUUUGCAGAGCUACUUUCCCUUCUCAGACCAAAUUAGAGGAGCAUCAGAGAAACAGUCACCCAAAAAAUAAACCUCUGCCUACCUCUGCUUCAUGUAAUUCAGAGCCAUCAAGCAAGGAAAAUUCAACGGAAUUAGAGGAGACAAGCAGUGUAUUAAACAGGCGGUUCAUAGAAAAGGGGAGUACAGCUCGCUUGGGAAGAAGGCCGUUGACUAGAUAUACCUGCUCACAGUGCGAUAAAGUAUGCAAGACUGCUGCUGCACUAAACUGCCACCUGAAGCGGCAUGAGCUAGGCAACACUACAGAGACCAUGCAGCCAGUGCUAGACAUGCAAAGUCAUGCUACUGUGGUACCAGAGGUAGACAAAGUUCAAAGGACAGAUUCAGACAUUACACCUAGGCAUGCUCAGCCCAUCCCAGUUAUAAAUUUUCUCAAAUCAGAUUCUCAACACACACAAAAACAGGCAGGUGAAAGGAAUGAAGAGCACCAAAGAUUAGUUACUGGUGAAAGUCCAAAGUUAGCCACUAUUGACAAAAGCCAGAGUUCACAUUUGUGCACUGUAUCUUCCCCAGUUAGACUCAGCCCAACACCAGAAAGGUCAAGGGUCAUCUCCCCUAGUCUCCCCAGUGUGCUGGUCAUGAAUGGCACAGAAUGCCUGGACUUCCGAACUCCUGAGAAACGGAAUCUAGAUGCACAGGAUCAGAGGAGAAGGAGCCUCACACCCACUGACAGACCAAACCAAGUCUGUCAAAUUCAAAUGACAAGUUCAGAACAGGUUAGAACAGAUGCAGAUCCAUAUAUAGCCGCUGAAUUACAAUCAGUCAAAGACAGUGUUUUGAGUGAUCAAAAGGCAGAAACACACCAACACAGAGAUAUUCACAUCAGUGAUCCUUCACAAGAGGCUGCACAAGAGGCUGAAGAUCUUAGAGUAUCUAGAACAGCUUGCAGCAUCCAAGCAGAGGAUUUGUCCAUGCCAACAAUACUGGCAAGGGAGAGGGAGUUUUCCCAGCAAACUGCAUACCAAUACUCAACCAACAAAAUUCGAUCAAUGGAUGAUGCGAUGCUCAUAGUGCCCAAAGAGGAGCCACUAAGCCCUGUGCCCUCUCCCACAUGCUCUGUCAUUCAAACCACUCAUAAAGGACCCCCACAACGGCACCCACAGUCCCCUAGUCAUUCUCCAAGACCUUUGAACCUACAAUUUCGGUCACAUUUAGAUACAAACCAAGCACACCAAGGCAUGCAAAGUGUUGAGAAACAAAGAUCUGUGCUUCCAACAGGUUCAGAUCACAGCAGUGAGUCCCCCUCUUCUCAAUCUGCACUGCACCCCCAAGUGCCCCAUUCAGAGCCAGAGACAAAGGACAGCACCUCUUCAAGAGAGCCCUGUAGAGAAUCUGGCUAUCCUGUGGAGGAGUAUGCACUUCCCUUAAUCAUACCAGGAGGGUACUGCUCUGGUAAGAAACAGGAGGACCAGAUGCUCAUGUCAUACCCUUCUGCACCCUUAUCUUUUGGUGCACUGGGGAAGAUGGUACCCCAUGCUGACUCAACAAAACUGCCCUUUUACCCCGAUCCCUAUCAACUUAUCUAUGGCCCACAGCUACUACCAUACCCAUACAACCUUGCCACCCUUCCUAUGGCUCUCAAUAUGAUGGCACCAGGGGACAAAGUAGAGCCCUUGCCUUUUUUACCCACUCUUUUCAACUAUGCUGCAGUAGGUGCCCCUUUGCCCCACCCUUUAGUUUUGAACCCCAGCCUUUAUAAUAGCAGCAGUAGCACAAAGCGAAACAGUGACAACCCAUGAGCGUAUGUGGAGUCCACAGCACUGAAGGAAUACUGUACAGCUUAAAAGAGGACCAGACCUUAGACGGAAGAUGUGUUGUUGCUGUUUGUUAACUGAACUAAUUGCACAGACAUUUAAGUCUCCUUGGAAAAGUAGCAAAAACCGUAGGUGUAUGUACAAAUUUAAAUAUAGUGAAGUAAUGGAGAGGUGCCUUGGAGGUAGGACCUAUAGGUAAAGGGGAAGUUGUGAUCUGGUGAUCUACUGGUCCAACGUGGACCUCUUCCCUUUGCCAAUGGCAAAGCACACCUCUGACACACCACUCCUCUCCCUCUUUAGAAGAGUUAGAGCUUGGUUAUAUGUCCUCUCAGAUUUGUUUGUAAUAACUGUUAUAAAUAAUACAUCUGGAGAGCUAACAGGGUGUAUUUUCUGGGGGGAAAAAAGACAAAAAAAGUGUGCUUUCCACUAGUGACAGUAUACCAAUAAUUAUCAUAUUUUUAGGUCUGAUACAGGCUUUUAUUACUGCAAAUAGAAAUAAUAUAGGGGCCAAGCUCUUCGUUCUAAAAUGGAAAGAUACACACUCAAUACAGGGAAGGAAGACAAUAGAAUAUAAGCAGUUUUGUGUGUGUGUGUUACAACCUCUCAUCAUGCAUGUAGUUUGGGCUAGCUGUCUUUUUACAACAUUAUGUAGGUUCUGUUGUGUGUAUUUUCAGUACUGGCUUCGAUGUGAGCGUCUGCGCCGUGUGUGGGUGUCUUGAAGGUGAUGUGUGCAUGCACUGCACAGUUGUAGCCAGCAACAUUUGUGCUAUAUCCGCCUCGUUCAGUUAAACAGAUAUUGAUAUCGAUGCGGAUAUAUGAGCAUCAUUCCUGGACAGGCUGUUACAACUUUUUUGUAGAUCAGCAAGUAGAAAUAUUAGCUGAGGUUCUUCCUUUGUCAGUCACAACUUAGCAGCUUUGAUAGCUUACCUACAUGUCAUAUUGGAUGGAGUUUGUUCAUAUGUGAUCUUUUUUUUUUUUUUAAUCUAACCAGCAUCAUGGUUGCUUGGUAAUUUAAUGGCAAUUAAGGAUGGACUGCAUUUUGCAAUGUCACGUACACAAUAUGUUUGUAGAAGUCGUUCGUUGGAAUAACUGUUAGGAGGCUCAAGUGAAGAACUGGACACAAAACCUUUUCUUUUUUUUAAACAUCUGAGUACUCAUCGAUUACCUUUUCAUUUCUAGAAAGGAAAAUAAGUUUAGUGGCCUUCUCCUCCCCAGUGCCCCCUGGUGUCCACCAAAGACACUCCAUAUACUUGACUGAAAUCUGAGAGAGACCGAGGUAAAAAGCAGAUGAGAGCGACAGAGAGAGUGGGAGGGAAGUGGAGCAAAGUGCAGCGAGUCUGUUAUUGCCAGUAGAACUUCCAUUACAAAGUGGCAGAAAAUAAAGCUCGAAGCAGCUGGUGAAUACCGUUUUUCAGGCGGACGUGAUCUAAGGAAGCCUGUUACGUGUGAGCCGGGGGUUAUGUUGGCUAGCCAACCGUCUCCCUCCACGUCUCCUCUGCAGUGCACAGAAACAGCAAGAGUUGACGUCAGCUCCUCCUGAUGUCUGCACGUGGUCUGAGUUGCAAUGCUUAGGACUUAAAAAAAGAAAAAAGAAAGAAAAAGAAAAAUUGUUCACUGACCUGGAGUGGACUGAACACUCCUUUAGGACUUUCCUCUUUUUAUAUAUAUAUAUACAUAUAUAUAUAUAAAAUAUAUAUAUCUUUUUAAAACAAUAUAAUUUGUUUAUUUUACCUAUUUUUUUCCCUUUUUUGAUAGAGAGAUUUGUGAGGAUUGUGCUUGAAGGUGGUCUUUCAAGUGCAUAUGAAUAUGAAUGUAAUUUUAGUCAUGAGGUUAACAAAAACAUGAACAGUAUGGUAGAUGUUUUCUGACUUGAAAAAUAACAUGUAAUAACAAACCGAUAUGAGGUAUUCACAUAUAUACAGUAGUCUUAGAAACAUGUCUAGGAACUUGGAUUCAAUAUAAUCAUGACGCAUGAGCAGCAUUCGCUUCUUCAUUAUCCUCUGGUAUCGCCAUAACGAAUCAUCACUUCGCUUUCUUUCUCAUGUGUGGUUCAGUUUUUUUUUUCUUUUUUUUUGCUGAUGGUUGGCUUGAAAUACUAUCUGCUGUAAAGCUGUCUAUUUUCAAUUAGUCUUUUUUCGUUCUAUCGUUUUAACUUAAAAUUGAAACCAAAAAAAAAAAAAAAUUGUGCACCCUCCCACCCCCACUCCCCUCCACCCUGAAGCUGUGCUUCAUGACUUUUUCACAGUUACAGGACGUGCUGUCCACUUAUAAAAGUCCCCGCAAACAUAAAUCAUUCACACUGUGAUUUUUCCCCUUCCUCUUCCCACAACCGAACAUUUUAUAAUGUCCUUUUGAAGUGAGUGCAUUGAAACCACAGCACUGUUCAUUUCUGAACACAAUGAGAAGAUUUGUUGCUUUUCUUGGGUGUAGGUACUUUCACAGUGUGUGUGUGUGUGUGUGUGUGUGUGUGUGUGUGUGUGUGUGUGUGUGUGUGUGUGUUAGAGAACAUUUGAGGAAAAGGAAAACCAAAACAAGCACCAUAUCCCUUGAGGCUUGCCACCAAAUCAGAGUUGGUUUUGGUCCCCUACCAACCUGUUGUUAAAUUCUCCUUGUAUGCUUUCCUCAUGAGCAGUGUUGGGUUGGAACGGACUACAUGUAAUCUGAUCAACCGGAGUAGGAUACAUUUAGAAAUAUCUGUCAUCGUACUGCCGUUACUUUUUUUAUGAAUUACUUUGAAUUGGAUUUUCUGAAGCUGACAGAUCACUGAAUCUGUCUAACUACAUCGUCAUGACCGAAACAUGAUAUGGUUUUGGUUUUUAUUAUUUUUUUUAUUUUAAUCAAAUCAUUCCAGCUGUUACAAAUAAUCAUUCCAACUGUUAAAGAAACAGUGCAUAACUGUAAGCAGCGCUAGUCUAUCUAGGGGGUGGCGCUCAUUUCUAGGCCAGAAAAAUGCAAAAGAAAGCUUGAACUAACAAAACUAGUGUGAGCCGAUGCAGAGCAAUAUUGCAAAUCAUAUUUUUUUCCCCAAGAUAUCUCAAAAUUUACAGAGUACUUAUUUGAAAUUACAAUCUGUACCUUUAGUAAUAGAUGACGAUGGGACUGUUACAUAAACAUAACACAAACCUUUAGCAAAUAAGCACAAAGAUGCAUUUUACAAUGCGAAAUGAUGCAUAACAGCUCUCUGAAAAGAAAUAUAGACAUAAAAGUUAAUGAUAAGACUUUUUUUUGGUAAUAAACAAAGUCCUCAAUUAGAUUGUACAGAUUAUUUGUACUGAUUUUGUAUUGUGACAUAGCCCAGAAGUAGUCUCAAAGAUACAGGUUGAGGUUUUUUUUCUUUUUCUUUUUUUUUAACGUAGCCUUAAACUUUACAUUACUUAUUAUAUUUUAAUUCUAGAAUUUUUAAAAAUCUCCUUCUUUACUCAGCGCUGCUCAUGAGUAAUACAACAUGAUAAAUAAACUAUGUCCAUUAAAGGUGCUGAUAUUGAUGUUGAUAAACCAGUAAAAAAAAGAACAGAUGUAUAAAUUAGUCACGAACGAAUUAAAAUUUGAAAAUUCAAAACAUCCCUGAAAAGCGUUUAAAAUAAGCUACCAAGAACACACAGUAUGUUAAUUUAUGACCAUGCACUUUACCAAAAUUUUAAUUACCAAACCAAAUUUGUAAUUUCAUGUACCAGUGUUUUUAUUAUUAUUAUUAUUAUUAUUAUUAUUAUUAUUAUUAUUAUUAUUAUUAUUAUUAAUUUAUUUUAAAAUCUCAUAAUGUGAAUGUUGAAUAACUAAGGACCUAUUACAGCAUCCUGCAAGCAGGAAAACAUUUCAAGGCACUUUUUUUUUCUUUUGCCUGAAAUAUGCCACCAAAAUAUGUUCUUUGCAGGCAAAAUGACAGAAUGAGUGUAGGUGGAUGCACCUACGUACUGUAUCAAGGGUCACACACCCCACACACUGUUUGUUUUUUUCGCCAUUCCUAAAAACGCAAAUACUAGUGACACACAAAGCAAUUUAGCUAGAUCCAAACCAGCAAAAGUCCCCAAAAGACAUGUCAAAAUUCAGUCCAUAUAGCUAAAAGUUUAGCUACGUAUGUGUGUUCAACAGGUCUAGUCAUAGGCAUGUGAUGGAUUUUGUCCCGGUAUUGUGAAAAUGUACAAGCUACAAUUGUGCCAUUGUUUUAGAGGUUGACAUAUUUGGCCUGAAAUGUUUCCUGAAAUGUUUGGUUGUUUCUUUCUUCUUCUUCUUCUUCUUCACACAAAGGAUCUGUUAACACAUUGCCAAAUCAAGCCUGUAAUAAUCGAUAUAUUUUUUUGGUUCACUUUCAUUUAUUUCUUCACUCUAGUUCUUCAGUCUCCCUCUGUCCAUGCUACAACCAUACAAAUAAAGUAUUAACCUGAUGACCUACUAAAGCGUAUUGAAUCAGUUCCAUAGUCGACACGAUGACUACAACAAAAGUAGUCUCUGGUAACUGAAGCAAAAUUUGCACAGAGAAUUGUUUAUUUUUAUUUAUUUUUUAUUUUUACAUUGCAUAUUUGGGACUUUUGCAUUAGAGUUACAACAUUAAUAAGUAAAGGAGGUGAGAAAACAGGUAUUGUGUUCUCAGACUGUAUUUUACUCUCCAAGUACUUUUUAAUUCUUUAUCAUAUUUACAUUUUCAAAGUUAAAAAAAAGAAAUCCACAUCCAAAAGCAGAAAAUUUACAUCCAGAUGUUUAAGGUCACCUUUUCUACUUUCAGAAUGGAAAUAUUUUAUGUUGCUAAAUGUCCUUUGUCACAUAAUGUUAAAAAAGUCAUCUGAAUAAGUAAAGAAUAUGAAGAAUAAGACAUUUGUUGGACUGCUGUUAUAGGAAUCAGAGUUAUUCUUAUCACUGUAAACUUAUUAUAGUGGCGCUCCGUGUUUAAGAGAAUAUGGUAAUGCAUCGAGCUGAUUUUUGACAGUUUUUGCAACCGAACGAUGUCUGUGUACCACCACAGGGAACCCGAUUGUAAGUGCAAGGCAAUGUAUCUCAUAAACACUUGAUCACCAGACAAUGAAA